AUGGGAGGCUUUGAAGGUCAUUUGUACCCCGGACUGUCUCUCUUCUUCUAUGGACUUUAUCAUGCACGACUAGUCUCCAGGGCCCUGAUAUGCAACUACCCUGUCCAGUAUCUGCCACGCCAUCCCUGGAGCAAAGGAAGAUGGGCAAGGCUGAGACAAAUACACUAUGUUGGGCUGGUGAAGAUAUUAAGUGCCUGCAUUUUAGUAGCUCAAGAGCUGCAUAACAUACAUGGACAGUUUGUACUCAUCAGCAAGAUAUAUCAUCAGAGAAACUUUUUGUACCGCAAACAGUGGCAGCAUCUCACUCUAUAUAUUACCUUCUUCCUGAGCGGGUGUGUAGAUGUGGUGAGCCAGAACGUGCUGCCCCAGAGGUGUGCCGCUCUGGAGCAAGGUGCCCAAGCCCUGGGCAUGUUUCUGUUUCUGCCUCUGAUGGUGUCUCACAUGCAGGACUCAGAAGGUGUGGAGCUGCAGUCUCACAUCCUGCUCACUCAGGCCAUAUUCCUGCUGGCGUUGGUGGUGAUCGCAGAGCUGUGGGCCCCUGAUGUGCUGCAACUCUGGGUGAUGAAGGCCUUUUUUUAUAUGAUGACAGGCUCUUGGCUGAUUCAGAUAGGCUUUAUGCUGUACAAACCAAUUUCUGGCUAUAAAUGGAUGGAUGAUGACAAAAACAACAUUAUAUUUGUCACCACCUUCUUCUGCUGGCAUGUGGCUUCCAUUGCCAUUUUGAUGAUCUGGGUCUAUGGCUUCUCUUUUUUGUGGUAUUGUUACAUUUGUUGA